AUGCAGAAGCUUGCUGAUCGCGACGAAAUUGCCCUUGCGGUGACAAGCGACGCGUAUUCGGUGUCUGGUUUGAUCGAGCAGGACAGACAGUACAACAUCGCAUGUAGAAACCUCCGGCGACUGGACCAGCUCGAAAAGGAUCAGGAGUACGAGUGGAAGGCGUUUAACGACUCCAAAAAGCAGUGGCUUCGACGUGCGAGACUAAAGACUGCCAUGAGUGACAUUGUACAAACGGAGCACCUUCACCGCAAGUACAAUGAUAUAUGCAGUGCGCACAAGGAGGAACUGGAGUCGUACAGAUUGGCGACACGAAAGGAUGUGUUGCGCCAACCCGUUGCGAUGUCAUCGCUUUCGGUGGCCGUGCGCACCUUGGGGGAUCGUCUUAUGCGAGCCAACCUUACCGGUAGUGCGUUGGAUAUGCAAAACAUGUACGACACGCUACAACAGGAAGAAAGGGAAGAGGCGGUGAACCGCAAACAUGAAACUAUUGAACGAAAGGUCGCAAAAAAGAAACAUCUCCUGGACGAAAAGGAAGCUUCAGCUUAUAGGAAGGUGCUUCUUGCGGAACGUUUGGGCAAACGGCGUGGAGAAGAAAAUAUGCAGGCUCUCGCCGCGAACCUAGAACACAAAGAGGAUCAGAUGGCUUCAGCACAUUUUAGACAGAGAAUCGCACCCUAUUUUCCAUUAGUGAAGGGCCGCGCGUUUGGCAGGGCACAGAAGCAUGUGGCUUCGCGCGGCACACAGCUAAAAACGAGCUUGAAUAAGGGCCAUUUCCACGUACCCUCACUUUGUGGUCUCUACGGGGGCCUCCUGGAGGUGGAACAGUGA